CAGAGUACUCGAGCGUGCGGUACCCAUGUUCGAGUGGGUGUUGUCCGACCUUGCACGCGAGACACAGCUGCCGACGCGAAUGGAUCUAAAGGAGCGCAGAAGGAGCGCAGGUUUCCGACUUGUAUAUGGGAUGUUGAAGAGCUGGGCCUUCAAGAAGAGGAACAGGAGGCUAUGGACACCGAAGUUCGCCGCCUCGAGCUAGCGAGAAAUCCUGAUGAUCCGUGGGUUGACUACUACCGGCAACUCAAGUCCGUCCACUUAUACAAGCAACCCAAGACAUGGCCGGAUAGCAAGCUGGCGUACGAUGGCGGCUUGGACCAAAUGAACAAAAGCAUAAAUCUGCAGGGUCAAACAUUGCAGAUUAUCGUCAAGCUGGCAAAUAUUGUCCUGACCCCGGACAAGCCUGAGUACGAUGGCGGAAAGUGGUACGUAGAAGCUAUCGUCGCAACAUUGAUAUACUAUUAUGACUGUGAAAACAUGUCGGAAUCGACUCUUUCCUUCCGCAACGCCGUCAACGAGCCUCGGUAUCACGGUCAGGACGACAGCUAUUGCAGACAGGGAGGUGCACGGACCGGCGGGCGAGAAUGCGGACCAGCGAGUGGGCGAGAGUCGCCGGGUAUGUAGGCGGGUCAACUGUGAGUAGACAGAAUGAUGGCGCGACGUACAAUGUUAGAGACGUCCUGUACACAAUUCGGUGAUGACGGACCCAAUAACCAAGCACAUGGGCUAGCGCUCAAGCUC